AUGAUUGACGAAGAACGUGCAGAGCGACGGUCGAUGGUAGGAGCACCACCCACUGCCAGAAAGCCAGCGCAGCCAUUGGCGAGGCCUUCCCGAACACCAAGAGCUUCGGCGUCAAGACACAGUGCAAAGAAGAAGCAGGAGGAGGAAUCUGAAGAGGAACGUGAAAGCGGUAGUGAGCGUCAGGAUAGCGAGGCUGGGGAAGCAGGUGAAGACGAUUCUGGUACUGACGAGCCAGCUGGAAAUGAAACGCCUGGAAAGCCCAAAAGAAAGGUAUACUUUUGA